UCUCAUCCCCCAUCUCCCACAAAUACUUCAACCUCACGCCUUCCACAAAAAUCUCCAUUAGUCUCCAAUUCGAGCUUUCUCUCUCCUCCUUUCUCUCUCUCCGGCAGUGUAUGGCAGUACAGCUUUUAUCUUAUGAAAUCUCAGACCUCUGUCUUGGGAAGCCACCGCUGAGGCCUCUCCCUGCCUCCGCCACCGUCACCGACGCGCUCUCAUUCUUUCGCCGAUGCUCCGGCGAUCCUUCGCUUAGCGUUUGGGAAGCGGCCAAGUGUAUUGGAAAGAUCUCGAUUGUGGAUGUGCUCUGUUUUAUGUGCAAGGAAGAGAAUAUCUCCAAUCCUUCCAUUGCUCUUCACUCUCCCGUCUCUCUCCUCCUUCCACACGGUCCUCCUCUUGUCAAGCAAUUGGACCCUAAUUCUAGCAUACUCGAUGCUGUAGAUUGUAUCCUCGAAGGAGCUCAGAGUCUGAUAGUACCAAGGAGGAGCCGCAACAGCGGCAGCCCAAGACAAAAGCUCUCUCAGAAAUCAUCAUACUGCUGGAUCACACAAGAAGAUAUAAUCCGCUUCAUCUUUAAUUCCAUCAACCACUUCUCUCCCGCCCCAUUUAACUCAAUCCAAUCGCUCAACAUAAUUGAGAAGAAAAUCCCAUCCGUCCAUUACGACGAGCCAGCCCUGUCUGCCCUCAGAGCAAUCAAUUCACUCUCAGGCCAAACUGCAGUGGCAGUGGUAGACGACGAGGGUAGAUUGGUUGGUGAAAUUUCACUUCACACCCUCUCUUGCUGUGACGAAACUGUUGCACCUGCGGUUGCUACCCUUUCUGCAGGCGAUCUGAUGGCUUACAUAGACUAUGGCGGUCCACCAGAAGAUCUGAAUCAGUUGGUGAAGGCAAGGUUAGAAGAGAGGAAAUUAAAUGGGUUCUUGGAGCUUUUAGAAGAUGAUCACUCAACUUCAUCAGUUUCUUCAUGUUUAAGUUCAUCAUCAUCUUCCUCUUCUGACGACGAAGUUGCUGUAAAAAGCAUGCGGUCCAGGUCAAAUUCAGGACGAUUAGCAAGGGGAACUGAACCCAUUGUUUGCCACCCAGGGAGCUCUUUGAUCGCGAUAAUGAUACAGGCAUUGUCACAUCGGUUGAAUCAUGUGUGGGUUGUCGAAGAAGAUUAUAGCUUGGUCGGAAUUGUCACGUUUACCAGUAUGUUGAAUGUUUUUCGGGAUCGUGUGAAUUCCUUUUCCUAAUUUUUUCCAUUACAACUUAUCAAACAUAAAUUAUGUCCUAUAUAGAUAACGAGAUUUAUUUUAUUGUUAUUUUUUCAUUCAUAUUUGUGCGGAGCAAGUAUGAUAUGAUAUUAUUAGCUAUGGUGCUGUUGAGGAGAAAACUGAUAUUUUUGCCAUUGCACGUUUUAUGCAGUUGAGUUUGUGUUUGUACUCUGUAAAACAUUUGUCCUCGUGUAAAACAUUUGUCCUCGUUUAAGAGGUAGCUCCAAAAUGUCAUUUUCCCUUAUGACUA